ACACGCAUAUUCAUAAUAACAAUACAUAUAUGCAAAUAAUUCAAAUCUAUUAAGACUCUUCAUGUCUUGAAGAUUUCUGUGUUUAUUGGUACAUUAAAACAUCUGAGUUUGGAGAUUAAUUAUCCUAAGAAAAUAGGGACAGGAGAUCAUUGAUUGAUGGUCUUGACUGGUCAAAACAAACUAAUCCUGAAUUAAAAUUUCUCCUAUACGAAUAAAUGUACAUUUAAAUAUAAGUAAAUUAAAUCUUACACGUUCACACCAGAAAAAUGAAGCCGUGUAUGUUUUAAGAUAAAAGUAUCUGAAACAGGUUUCACUUAAACUCAUUCACCAGACAAAAUGUUAAUCCUCAAGAGCUAUACAGAAGAGUGGAUGUUGUGACAUGAUCACAUUAAGUGUCUUCACAAAGGAAUGUAUAUAGUCCAUGCUUCAUUCACUUAAAACUGGUUUAAAAUCUACUCAUCGGGUUAAUGUAUAGAGAAAAUAUUUUGUGCAUUGAACACAGAAAAUAUUCCAUCACAUCGAGAUUUCCGAUUACAACUCUAGAUACAUUAGAUCCAAUCAGACAAAACACUUUUUAGUGUUUGUUUUAAAUAUAAGUACUAAACCUUUAAAACAAAAUACGUCAAAAUUACUUUGAAUUUUGUCUAUAAUGUCUUUUUAUAUAACACACCAAAUUUGCAUUAAAUGCAACUGUGUGUGACCUACCUAAAAGUGAAAGCUUGAGUUGUGUUUCCUAAAAGGAAGCUCGUACUAGAAGAAUUACAAAGGGCCAAAGACUAAGCCUUGAGGCACGCCAGACUCUACCAUGACAGGUCUGUCAGCUUAGCCUAAUUCACAUAAAGCAAGUAGUAGUGGUCCGAUGAGCAUCCUAAGCAGGCCAGCACCUGUCCACAAUUGCCCAUGUGCAUCUCAAGUUCCCCCAUAAAGAAUUUUGUGGCCUGUGAGGUCAAAGGCAGGCCAAAGGUCUUGUAAUACUACUUCUAGAGUUACAGUCCCAAGUGAGUGCUAACAAGCCAUUUGUUACUCUGACAAGUGUGGUGUACGUCCUGAAAUCUGACUAAAGAUCUUUAUGAAUUUCUCUGUGGAUAAACAAAACUUAAGAGUAUUGAAUGUUUCUUCUAAAUGUUUUCCCAUAAAAGAAAGAAGAUUUGAAAUAUGCGUAUAAUGCUAUUUCCACGAUUAAGAUAUUAAUUAAUAACUACCACUUUCUCUAAUCAUUUACAGCUUCCUGAGUUAACACUUUUAUUGAGUUAAUUGAAUGUAACGGUUUUCUGAUGAUGGGUGUAAGCAAGGCCUAGGUCAUGGAGGUCAGGUCAGGCCUGGCUUGUUCUGGUCCAGAUUUUACAGAAGCAGCAAUGUUGUACAGUGGGCGAGUUGGGUGCGCAUAUGCUCUUGUUGAACGUUAGGUGGCGUUGUGAGCUCAUAACGUGUCACGUUACCUGGCAGACGGAAGAUUCAGCCAUUACGACCAAGUGUCCUGCGCUUCAUCUCCGCUGUUUAACAGCAAAAUCACCUUAAAAUACAAAUCUUACGCAUAUCUUGGUUCAUAUAAAAUUGUUUUCGUCGUUCUUCGGUCCGCAUUUAAUAAAUGUCGCUAUAAUUCAACGUGGGUGCGGCUCAGAUACGACGGCACAGAUUUAUUCGGAUUUUAUUAACUACGUUUUUAAAGUAUUUUUCCCACGUGAAUCCUGAAUUCCUGCAAUCAACAUGAAGAAUUGGUAUCUGCUCGUCUUAUUAAUCGUUAAUGUUGUGUUUUGUGCUGGUACAGAUAAAGUUAAGACACUUGAAGUGAUGGAGGGAGAGCCUGUGACCUUAGACACUUGUUGUGUUAUCGAAAUACAAACAAAAGAUGAGAUCGAGUGGAGGUUCGAUGGUGCUGUCAUAGCCAAAAAUGGAUUACUGUAUGACACCAUUGAUGAAAAAUUUACUGGCCGUCUUAGUCUGAACCCCCAGACUGGAGAUCUGACCAUCAGGAACACCCGAAUCCAACACUCGGGACUUUAUGAAGUGAACAUCUCCAGCAGCGCACGUACUGUACACAUGAAAUUCACCGUUAAUGUCCUCGAUGCGCUUCCUACGAAAGUGUCGGCGUCGGAGGGAAGCUCUUUUACAUUUCCGCGUGACAUUGUUGACGUCGAGAAAUACGACUUGAUUACGUGGAUAUUUGAGAACACAACCAUCGCUGAAUUCAACAGACAGAGGAGUCCAAGCAUUAAAUAUGGAGAUGUGAAGGACGGCAAAUUCAAAGACAGGUUGAAGAUGGAUGAUCAAACUCGUGCUCUCGCCAUAACGGACAUCAAGAGCACAGACUCCGGACUUUAUAAACUGCAGGUGAUCGUCCAGAACCAGGAGACCAAAAACAGGGUGUAUCGUCUCACAGUCAGCACCUCCGUCUCGCCGGCAGCUUAUAUAGUGCCGAUCCUGCUGAUCCUGGUGGCGGGGGUGGUCGGUGGGAUUAUCUAUAAGAAAUCUCAAAACUCAAAACACCAAGCCCUCCGUACUAAUGAGAAGCAAGAUUCGUAGGAAAAAAGUGAUAGUCUAAAUCCAAUGAGGUUAUAAACAUCAUACGGUUGGUUAUAACGUCAAUCUCUGUGUGCUGUUGUAUGAUGUGCACUAUGACUAACUUUGGUUGCAACUUUUAAAAAGUGUACAGUUCGCACUUCACGCUGAUCUUAUAAUGAUCCUCAAGUUUGAAUGUUUCAUGUCUGCUGGCUGUUUGAUUCGCUCUUUCCUUAUGUUGUGGGACUGUCAUAUAUUUAAAGCGUUAGAGCUCUUAUGAGAAACGCAAUGUUUCAGAUAUAAUGUCUUCAUAAACCGCUGUGUUUUUGAGGAACUGCCGUGUUGCUGACAGCUGUUGAAUGUGAAUUUGGUCUUGAGGGGGGACGUCAUUGAUGCCGCAACGCUCUCAUCACAUGUAUAGAAUUCUGACUACCUAGAGAAACAUCAUGUUUAGGGAAGUAGAUCUGCAUGUGUCUAGCUUUCAGUAUUCACAUAUAAACACACUUUUUCCCCUCUAGUGGACAAACGGAGUAUAGGUUUAUUCUUUCACUUUUUUAUUCAGAGUUUGUUUUAUACUGUAAGGAUUCAUGUUGAAAUAUGAAUGACUCAUUUUAUUUUUACAAAAAGUGCCUUUUUGUUUUAUGUAAGGCCUAUUUUCAUUUUCUAUUUUGGUUCCUGGUGUUGUAUCUGAUUAUGGUCAUGUGUUUUCAUUCGCAAUCUCUGUUGUAUGUUGGUCUUUUUGCCAAUUAAAAGAAAAGUGUGCACGUUUA